UAGAACCAGUGAUCUUUCGGUUACUGGCACAACGCUCUUAACCACUAAGCUACCUGCCGCAGUAUUGAAUAGCAUCUGCUUGAUAGUGUACUGUACACAGAUAUAUCACAAGUCAACACUGACAUUCUCACAUAAUUAUAUGCAGACAUUUACAAUAAAAAGCAUGUUAUGUGGAGUGGACAUCAAAAUCUCAAAAUCUCAUAAACUGAAACGUCAUUCAGGACAGAAUAUUUUUCUUGACCAACUCCGCCCUCUGGUGGUGAUUAUUUAACAGUAUCCUACCUGUCUGUCAUCGGGUCCCAGUUUUCCUAAAAUUAUCUGUCUGGAUUUCGCCUAUCGGAUAGGAUUAAAUGCAUAGAAGUAUAAUGAAUAGAACGGAUGUCUCCAUUCAAGUCAAUGAUUCGUCCUUUCUAUUCAAUAUAUUUGUAUGCAUUUAAUCCUGUCUGCUGUUUAUAGGUUUUCCCGCCCGCGCUAGUGUAUCUAUGUCAACCUCCUCCAACUCGCAGCACCCAGUUGUCCUCGCGCUCUACUGAUUUUGUGAUGUCACGCACGCAGUGCUUGCGAGCGCUCUCAGCGCAGCGGCGGUUCUCGCCUGGGUGAUGGCGCGGUCCGCUUCGGUGUUCAAGUCGGGUUUUCAACCUCACGACAACAAACUUCCGAUGGAAAGUGUCCUUCCCGACCCGGAGCAGCUUCUGCUGUUCUUGAGAAAACUCAAAGAGGUGUUCGACGUGUGCGACGAGGAUUCAGAUGGUUACAUUCGCGUGGGGCAUUUCGUAGACCUCGGUUCACAGUUCGGCCAAGGAGACGAGGUGAAGAAGUUGGCCAAAUUCUUGGACCCCAAUGCCCAGGGCAGGAUCAACUUCAAGGACUUCUGCCAUGGAGUGCUGGCUAUCAAAGGCUGUGAGGGGAUCCUGAAGACCACAUUGAGAGCUCGUAGUAUCACCCGGCGUCCGUAUGAGACCGACAACGGUUACUACUACCAGCGUGGUGACAAAGCCCUUGCCCAUCCGAUCAUGUGCACGCGGGUGUCCCCUAACUCUGAGCCAGGGUGCCAUCUAUUCCCAGAGGGAGAGGAGGAAGGAGAGGUGGAGGGCAGAGAGAGGGCAGAGUUAGACAUGGACAGUGCUGUGGAGAGUAACCCGGGAUCAGAUGUCUCUGAAGGGGGAAGGAGCGGAGGAGACAAGGAGGAUGGACUGGGGGCACUCUUCUUUCCUGGGGACAAGUGCAGUCAGCUAAACCCAUCGGUGACCUCUGACCUAUCGACGCGUUCCUCGGCCUCUCUGAACGAGGAGCAGUUUGAGGACUACGGAGAGGGAGAGGACGUGGACUACACUCCCAGCAGCCCCUGCCCCGAGGACGAGACGCGCACCAACGGAUACUCUGACCUGGGCUCCUCUGUACCCUCCAGUGCUGGCCAGACCCCCAGGAAGACACGCCACAUGUACAACAAUGAGAUGAUGGAUGUGUACUGCUCCCAGUGCUGUAAGAAGGUCAACCUACUCAACGACCUGGAGGCCAGGCUGAAGAACCUCAAGGCCAACAGCCCCAAUAGGAAAAUCUCCAGCACAGCCUUUGGCAGGCAGCUCCUCCAGACCAGUAACUUCAGCAGCAGCAACGGCAGCACGGAGGACCUGUUCCGAGACAGCAUCGACUCCUGUGACAUCGACAUCACUGAGAAGGUGAGUUACCUAGAGAAGAAAGUAGCAGAGUUGGAGAAUGACACUCUGAUGAAUGGAGAUCUCAAGUCCAAGCUGAAGCAGGAGAACACACAGCUGGUUCACAGGGUCCACGAGUUGGAGGAGCAGUUGAAGGACCAGGAGGCGCGGGCAGAGCAGAACACAGAGGAAGAGCAGAGACGACACCGUGAAGCCUACAGCAAGAUGGAGAGGGACAGGAACACUGAGAUAGAGCUGCUACACAACCGAGUCCAGUUGCUAGAGGAGGAGAACGGAUAUAUAUCGGUGAACAUGUGCAGACUGAAGUCUCAGACAGAGAAACUGGACGAGGAGAAGCAGCGUAUGACAGACAAGCUGGAGGACACCAGUCUGAGGCUGAAGGAUGAGAUGGACCUCUACAGGAAGAUGAUGGACAAGCUGAGACAGAACAGACAUGAGUUCCAGAAGGAGAGGGAGGCCAUGCAGGAGUUGAUUGAGGACCUUCGUCGGGAGCUGGAGCACCUGCAGUUGUUCAAGCUGGAGACAGAGAAGCCUGGCCGCGGCCGCAGCUCUUCCUCUGGGCUGACGGAGUUCAACGCCAAGACCAGAGAGAUGGAGCUGGAGCACGAGGUCAAGAGACUCAAACAGCGGUUUGUCUCGCAGGACUUUCCUCUGACCUCUGACCUCCACCACCUCGUAGUAUCCGCUGGGGCACGCCUCCGUCACGGUCAGACGGAGAACCUGAAGCUAAGGGAACAGAACGACGACCUGAAUGGUCAGAUCCUCAGUCUGAGUCUGUAUGAGGCUAAGAACCUGUUCGCCACCCAGACCAAGGCCCAGUCGCUGGCUGCCGAGAUAGACAACGCCUCACGAGACGACUUGAUGGAGGCCCUCAAGGAGCAGGAGGAGAUCAACUUCCGUCUGCGGCAGUACAUGGACAAGAUCAUUUUGUCUAUCCUGGACCACAACCCCUCCAUCUUGGAGAUCAAGACCAACUAGAACCCCUCUACUAGUAACCCACUACUAAAACCCCCUAAAGGAAUGGGGAACGGGAAAGGGAAAGGAAGACUAGCCAAGCUGGGGCAUGGGACAGCUAGACUUCAUUGCCCCCUGCUGCCCCAGGGGUGGAACUGUGAACUUGGGUGUAUUCAUUAGGCACAAAACAGAAGAAAACAGACUAAAACUGGGCGGUACAACCUGGACUCGUCCAAUUAGAAACACUUGUUUUUGUGUUCUGUUGCGAAACUUUUUGCUAUGGUGUGCCCUAAUGAAUAUGACCUUGUUUUCUCCAGCGACUGAAGCUAUAGGGGAUUUUGUUGACUUCUAAAGGGAGUUUUGGUACUUCACCGUCAUACUUCUGUUCUAUUCUGUGACUCGUCAACAGAUGUUGAUAUCUCCCUCAUUUCUCCUUCUAUUUUCUCUAUUGUUUCCUCACAGCCUCAUCUUUAGUCUUAAAAACAAUUGAGAUUAAUUAUUACUGGGAAAAACUAUUAUACUGGGCAGGUGCUUUGAAUAUGAAGGGAAAUACAGGUUGUUAAACACUGGAUAUACGUACUCUAGUGGAGUGGAGUGUUUAGAAACAAUGUGAACACAAACCUAUUGAUCUGCAACAGCAUGUGUUGUAGCCAUAGGGGAAGAAAGGAACGGAGAGAGACAGGCAGAUAGACAAACAGAGAUCUGUAGCUCCCAGACAACCCUAUCCCCACUGUUUCCAUCAAGUUGAUCUGUGUUUGAUCGCUGAAGACAGGUAUGUGGGCAGAGGCACGUUGAUGAAGAAAGUAAAGCAGCACGUGUUUCUGUGCGUAAGAAGAGUGACAGAAAGAGAUGAAAGGAGGGAGAGAAGGAGAGAGAAAGUAUUAUACAAGCAUCUCCAUGUCAAAAGAUAUUGGUGUUGACUAAAGAUGAUAUCAGCCAUGUAAAUUGAUAAUGAGAGGCAGCAGAACUUGGUGUGAUGGAAUGCUUUCAGGAGGAUGGAAUGGUUUAGUGAAGUCAAAGAAGGAACAGGUGAAGUGUAUCGGUCAGUAAAGUACAGAGGAAGAUAAGAGAAGAAUGACUUCCUAGGGAACUCUGAGAUGACGGUACAGUAUUAUCUGUGUAGAGUAAUACUGUAUGAUAAAUCCAUAUAGUAAAUCCUUAACUCACACAGUGAGUUGUUCAUUGGCUGGUUGAGAAUUUCAGAAUGCCAAUUCAUUUCUACUCAGACAUUCUGUAGUAAGUCUGUCUAAAUAGGUUGGUUAGACCUGGGAUAUCUGCUAUGAAGGUCCCAUUGCAUAGUGCUGCUAUAGCUACCCACAUAAAAAAAUACUAUAGUAUACUAUGGUAUAAAUACUAUAGUAUUCACUGUAUGGUUUUUGUGGAUUUUACUGUAGUAUUCACUGCAGUGAAUACACUUUUCUGUUUCUUCUGUAGUAUUUAUUGUAGUAUUUACUGUAGUAUACUGUAUUAUACUGUAGCAUUUACAGUUAACUAUAGUAUAAAUACUGUAA